AUGGUUGAGGUUCACGUCAUCGGUGAAAUUGAAAGUGCUUCAGGAUUUCGGGAACAACGUCUUUCCUGUCGGUGGCAACUAGAAUUUGGUGGAGGUUGGCGUGUAAUAGAGGGUGUAGUUAAAGGAGAAACUCAAACAGAUGUAGCAGAAUACAACGAUUUCGCAUUUUUUGCUCAUCCUCUGGAUAUUCAUCUAGCCACUAAAACUGUGCAGGGGUGGCCAAUAAUCAGCUUACAAAUCUGGCACUCUGAUGAGUUUGGUCGGCAGGAAGUGUAUGGUUAUGGAUCUGUGUAUUUACCGGCAUCACCUGGUGAACAUAAGAUAAAAUGCCAUAUGUGGAGACCAAAAGGCGAUAUACGUGAAGAACUGAUGCAUUAUUUUCUUGGUGGCGGCUUGCAACUUACUAGUCAAGUUACAGCUCGACUUGAUGAAUAUUCUAAACUGCGUAUCAUUUCGAUGGGUAUCAUAGAAAUGCGUAUUUCACUAAUAACCAAGUAUUUUGAUCGUUUUGGAAUUCAGUGUUGA